AUGGCAGUGAAGACUGGUGGUGCAUCUGUCAGCCAUUACCCCAGCACGGCUUCAACGUGUGUGUAUGUGAACACUGUGUGUGUGUGUGUGUGUGUGUGUGUGUGUUUGUGUGUGUGUGCAUGCGAGCGUCCAUCAGUGUGUAAGAGGGAGCCUUGUACGCUUGCCACUAUGUCCAUCCACACACACCCCAAAUCCUCUGACCAGACCCACUGUCCACUUUCACCAUUCUGCACACACAGACCGCAGGACCUAAGAUGGGAAGAUGGGCAAAGGUACGAGGGUGUGUUUUGGUGCACAUAACACGUACCUAGCUACUGUUGUCCAUGGACAACAUUGGGCCCCGUAGAAUUACAUAAGGAACACUUAAUUGAAUAAGAUCUCUAUGUUGGGCCCACCCAAAGUGAACGCUCUCCGGAAAAGCUGCAGAAGUCGUUUUUAUGAGGGGUUACAGGUCAGAUCUAGUGUGAAUCUGGGGCAACACCUCAGUGGGAGAGCUUUGAAGAUGUUCACGGAGGUGCUUCAGAACAAAGUGCUUCUGCUUUAUAUGAAUAAAUCAGUGUGACCUCAGGCGGAUACCAGGGUGUAUUUUGGGACACAACACAACACGUUGCUACUUGCUUUCCUCUUCUACUUGACCAUGUGAUUUAAAGACCCUCAAACUGCACUUAGCGUUAUCUAUUUAUUAGAUUUGCUAGAUUUGCAUACACAGUGUCAUUAUAUUGAUACACUGUGAUUGUCUGAAUCAGGUUGUUUAGUGCUGGGCUGGAAUAAAAGGCUGCCUCAGUAGUGGCUCUCCAGACCAGAGCUGUAGUUUUGAAGAACCCUUCCCCUAAAGGCUGUGGUUGCUUUUCUGCGUCCCAAAUGGCCUAGGCUGAGCCCUACGGGCCCUGGUCAAAUGUAAUGCACUAUAUACUGAAUAGAGUGCCAUUUGGGAUAUAACCUUUGACCCUUGGGGCCACAUGCUGCCAGUGUUUCUCUUCAUGGCCACAGGGGGGCAGCACUUUCCCAUAGCCCAGGCCAGACCAGGCAGAGGCAGGCACUAGGUAGGCAGGCACAGCUGGUGAGUGGCAGACACGGGGUGGGUUUAUGGGGCAUCUCCGCACUCCCACAUGGCAUCGCAGUGGGGAGGCUGUUUGAAGUUGGGCCUGGUUCACCUCAGGGUGUGACGGGAGGGAGAGAGAGAUGGAGGGAGGGAGGGAGGGAGAGAGGGAGGGAGAGAGGUAAGGAUGGAGGGAGAGAGGCUGUCCGUUGUUUGGCAGCACUGCAGAGCCGAGCCAAACGUCUGGAGCACAGCAUGGGAAAGCACAGUGUGUGGAGGGUUGUCUAAACUAUGGGCAACAUGGUGACUGCAGUAAGGAAGAGGCUGCAUAGUUAAAGUUGGAUCAGAUCAGAAUAAAAAUAAUAAUAAAAUGCCAUUUAGCAGACGCUUUUAUCCAAAGUGACUUACAGUCAUGUGUGCAUAAAUUUUUUUUAACGUAUGGGUGGUCCCGGGGAACGAACCCACUACCCUGGCGUUACAAGCGCCAUGCUCUACCAAUUGAGCUACAGAGGACCACAGAAGACUUAUGAGAAAGCCCAGUGCCAGCCAGCGCCAUGGAAGGCUUCAUUAAAUAUGUUGUGUAGCCUAGAUUAGACCCAGCCUUCUUUGUUGUGCGUUUUUAAUGAAAAGCUAAUUUAUCUAGUUUGUUGAUGAGAUGUGAGAGAGGGGUUUGGAUACGAGGUGGUUUGUGGACGAUCUCCAGCUGUGCUUAGCUUGAGGACGACGGCUAGUCUAGACAGCAGCCCAUGACGUAAUUUGUUAAACAUCAUCACACUAGCUAGCUACUGUUGUUUUGGUAAGAGUGACACACACCCAGUCCGAACACACAACCACUGCCUCCCCUCUUGUUAUGAGGACCAUGCAGUGACAGCUUUGUUGCUGUGUGUGUGUCAUGUCUGCUGUUAUAUGAUCAGGCUAACCUCUCUCUCCCUCCCCCUCUCCCUCCCCCUCCCCCUCCCCCUCUCCCUCUCUCUCCCGUCUGUCUCUCGUCAGACACAGAUCCUCAUCAGUUGGAGAACCAGGAGCAGCAGCAGCCCACCUAUGUUGCCCUCAGCUACAUCAACAGGUGAGCAGGCUACUAGCCUAACCCUGACCUAUACUGAACAAAAAUAGAAACGCAACAUGCAACAAUUUCAAAGAUUUUGCUGAGUUACAGUUCAUAAAAGGAAAUCAGUCAAUUUAAAUAAAUAAAUUAGUCCCUAAUCUAUGGAUUUCACAUGACUGGAAAGUGGGCCCACCCGCUGGGGACCCAGGCCCAGCCAAUCAGAAUUAGUUUUUCCCUACAAAAGGGCUUUAUUACAGACAGAAAUACUCCUCAAAAAUACUAUUUGUUCAGUGUAUAUACCAAUCAGACCUUUAACCAUGUCCCAAAGGAUCAUGGUUAUGAAAUCCCUAAUGAGCGGUAUUCUUAUGGUUCAGUUUAAACUGUCCUAACUCUGGCCAGAAAAGGGAUUAAUGACCAAAUGUCAUUAGUAAAUAGUUGAUUAAACAGUUACUUAUCUCAGUAUGACCCUGUGAAGGUUUGUGUUUGAGGUCUAAGUCUAUGCUACAUGAUAGGUGUAUCGGAGGUAAGAACGUGCCUUAAGCUCACCAAUGGUGCUAUCCAAUAGGAUCCUUUUCUAUAGCACAACUGGUUGGUACGUUGUCAAGGAGACCUCUGGUUGGAGUCCAGUAAGGGGACAGGGACAGUGGAGGAAGAAAAGCUGUUAGCAGCACAUUGACUUCGGUUUCAUAGGGCCAUGCACUUCAACCUCCGAGGGAAUCUGGUCCCAGUGUGUGUGUGUGUGUGUGUGUGUGUGUGUGUGUGUGUGUGUGUAGCCUAGUUCCACUAGCAACUUCCAUCUAGCAGCAGUCAGUCUCAUCUGGUGGAUAACUCAGUUUAAUUGUGUUAGCAUUGGGUAACAGGAUGUUAAGUUACCCUGGGUCCUACAUUAAUAGACCAAGAUGACAUUUCAAUCUCAUCCCAGUUCUCUUUGAUAUGGAGAUAUAAAAAGGUCGAAGGCAAUCUGAGGCUAGUACCGCUGUCUCUCCCCGUCUUUAGACACACAUCUUGAUGCGGUUUCAGCUUUCAUCUGUUCAUUUCACUUCUGCUUUAACAGUGUCUGUGUGAACAGUUCAUUUUUAUGACUUACAUUUACACAAGACUUUACAAUGUAACAACGUUUUGGUCCGAGAUAUAGGCCUACUGUUAAACAUGACGUUUGGUCAGAGAUAUAGGCCUACUGUUAAACAUGACGUUUGGUCAGAGAUAUAGGCCUACUGUUAAACAUGACGUUUGGUCAGAGAUAUAGGCCUACUGUUAAACAUGACGUUUGGUCAGAGAUGUAGGCCUACUGUUAAACAUGACGUUUGGUCAGAGAUAUAGGCCUACUGUUAAACAUGAAGUUUGGUCAGAGAUAUAGACCUACUGUUAAACAUGACGUUUGGUCAGAGAUAUAGGCCUACUGUUAAACAUGAAGUUUGGUCAGAGAUAUAGGCCUACUGUUAAACAUGAAGUUUGGUCAGAGAUAUAGGCCUACUGUUAAACAUGGGAAUGAUAGACUCAGAGCAUAUGUUGUUGUACAGUGACUUCAGCUGUAUAAGUUUGUAACGGAGGAGGUUCUGUGAACAACCACGCUGGCACGAUGAGACUAACCUUGCCUAAGACCUGACACGCAUUAGCUCCCUGAGCUAAUACCUAGGCUUUAGCUCAGCAGGCUAGUACAGCCUUGUGGCGCGCAAGUCAAUCAAUCUAUCAAAUUGUAUUUAAAAAGCCCUUUUUUACAUCAGCAGAUGUCACAAAGUGCUAUACAGAAACCCUGCCUAAAACCCCAAACAGCAAGCAAUGCAGAUGUAGAAGCACGGUGGCUAGGAAAAACUCCCUAGAAAGGCAGAAACCUAGGAAGAAACCUAGAGAGGAACCAGGCUCUGAGGGGUGACCCGGAUUCAAACCGAGUUGGUCAUAUAUGAUGUGUGGUUGUGUGUCCUCUCUCAUCAUCCAUCUCUCUCUGCCUCCUCCCUUCCCCAGGUUUAUGACAGAGGCAGCGCGUCGGGAGCACCAUGAGAGGCUGAAGAGGAAGGUGCACCCCAAGCUGUCUCAGACAGGCAGUCUGUCUCGUAGCAGUAACAUCUCCACUCCUCCCAGACACAGCAGUGGGAACCUCACCCCGCCUGUCACCCCUCCCAUCACACCCUCUUCCUCCUUUCGUAGCAGCACUCCUACGUGUAAGAUACCGUGUGACAACAGAGUAGACCACCGUCAUCUAGGAGGCAGGCGGCAGUAGUUUAUGUAAUAUGGAUUAUGUCACUUCAUUGUCCCAUAUUUUGGUUUGGAUCAGGAAGUGCCUCUUUAAGUUUCAGGAGAAUACAGGGAAGAUAUGUGUAAUGUCUCACAGCAGGGUCCUUAGAGAAGCAGAGAGGGUUGACUCUCACGGUCAGUUGGUAGAGGCCUGCACAGGGAAGGUACAGGGCUAUGUCUAAUAUUACAGAGCUUAAUUCCUCAGAAUCUCAUCAUUUUAAGUUGCCAUGGCAUUUGCUUACUUGUGUUCAUUGUUUGUGUCUUUCCCAUGUCGCCACUUAGUAAGAUAUGCUGGGUCUUUCAAUCCUAAUUGCUGUCUCUUUGGUUCUUGUGGUUGUGGAGCCAAAUAUUAUGUUGCAUUGCCUUAACCCUAGGACCUUGUGAAACGGGCUAAAUUCUUUCCCACAAAACAGUCUCUCCACAAUUUCGGGCUCAGUAACAAGGCAACAGUAGAACCCUGUGGGAACCCUACAGCCAGAACACAUGUGGAAGGCUCGAGUCUGAAUCUGUCUCAGCACAUCAGCCGGUCCAAAACCCCUGAGGCUAGGAUGCCCAUGCCAGCCAUAGGAUACAUCCCAAAUGGCACUCUAUUAUAGUGCACUACUUUUGACCAGAGCCCUAUGGGCCCUUGUCAAAAGUAGUACACUAUAUAUAGGGAAUAGGGUCCCAUUUGGGACUGAGCCUUAGUCAUUAACUGUGCUUGAAUCAGAGCAGAGUACUGGAGCUGCUGAAAUAGGAGUAUUAGUCUAAUUGUUUAUGGAUGGCAGUAAGCACGUUUUAUGACAAAUCGUAUUUUGUUGGGUGUUGUGUGUGUGUGUGUGUGGUGUGUGUGUGUGUGUGUGUGUGUGUGUGUGUGUGUGUGUGUGUGUGUGUGUGUGUGUGUACCUGUGUCUGUAUGUGUUUCUCCCCUCCAGGCAGUGAGUAUGAUGAGGAGGAGGAGGAGGAGGUGGACUAUGAGGAGUCAGACAGUGGUGAGUCCUGGACCACAGAGAGUGCCAUCAGCUCAGAGUCUAUCCUCAGCUCCAUGUGUAUGAAUGGAGGAGAGGAGAAACCCUUCGCCUGCCCUGUGCCUGGCUGCAAGAAGAGAUACAAGGUGGGCCAACCGCACUCAGUCCAUGAAUCAAUACCAUGUGUAAAUGGAAAAACCUCAAAUAGCUUUUAACUAGAGUCCUGAGUUGAACUAAGAGUCAGAGUGUUUCCUCAUCAGGUCAUGUGGUCAGGAAAGUCUCCUGUCCCUACCUACCCGUCUGUGGAUAUUGGCUAGAUACAUAGUCUAUGCUUUCUGUUCAAGUGACUGCUUCUCCUUCUCAUAAGACUCCAAAUUAAAACCAUCCAUUACCCAAGAUGUUGGUUUGGUCCUAAAGAGACCAAGGCUCUGCAUACAGAUAAAGCAACACCUCACGGCACAACGCCUCUCCCCUAUUUGACCUAGAUAGUUUGUGUGUAUGUACUGAUAUGUAGGAUACAUGUGCCUUUUUAAAAUUGAUGUAGUUCUGUUCUUGUCUAUUAAUGUUCUGUAUUAUGUCAUGUUUCAUGUUCUGUGUGGACCCCAGGAAGAGUAGCUGCUGCUUUCGCAACAACUAAUAUGGAUCCUAAUAAAAUACCAAAUACCAAAAUGCUGCGGUAAUAACACUGUGAUGUCCAUAAUACAACCCAGUUCAAACGGAUGUCAAAUACUGCCAUAGAGUUACCGCAGUUGAGAAAACAGGGUGUUAGUCAAACAUUACAGCAUGUCAACAUCUUGAAAUGCAAACAUCCACGUCCACUGCAGUGAUUUAGGGAGGUUUUUACAGGAUUUUCCAUUCCCAUCUGGGUUGGCUGUGUGUCCGGGAUAAAUGGUGUUCAGCUUGAGAAAAUGGCAUUGCUGACGUGAAUGACAGGAUUAUGGCUGAUGACACACUUAGUAGUAGACUGUAGGCCAGAUGUCAAACUCAUUCCACAGAGGGCCGAGUGUCUACGGGUUUUCGCUCCACCCUUGGAACUUGAUUGAUGAAUUAACACCCCUCACCUGAUUGUCUAGGUCUUAUUUGAAAGGAAAAAACUAAAACCUGCAGACACCCCUGCUGAGUUUACGUUUGACACCCCUGCUUUACUAGAAACAUGAUAUAGAGUUAGUAAUAGACUCUAGGCCCGGGGUGUCAAACAUACUCAAUGUAUGUGGCACCUUAAGUGGGGAGGACGCGCUCGUGGUAAUGGCUAGAAUUAGUGGAAUGGUAUCAAAUACAUCAAACACAUGGUUUCCAGGUGUUUGAUGCCAUUCCAUUUGCUCCGUUCCAGCCAUUAUCAGCAGCCUCCUGUGAACUAAAUAUACACUGCUCAAAAAAAUUAAGGGAACACUAAAAUAACACAUCCUAGAUCUGAAUGAAUGAAAUAAUCUUAUUAAAUACUUUUUUCUUUACAUAGUUGAAUGUGCUGACAACAAAAUCACACAACAAUUAUCAAUGGAAAUCAAAUUUAUCAACCCAUGGAGGUCUGGAUUUGGAGUCACCCUCAAAAUUAAAGUGGAAAACCACACUACAGGCUGAUCCAACUUUGAUGUAAUGUCAAAAUUAGGCUCAGUAGUGUGUGUGGCCUCCACGUGCCUGUAUGACCUCCCUACAACGCCUGGGCAUGCUCCUGAUGAGGUGGUGGAUGGUCUCCUGAGGGAUCUCCUCCCAGACCUGUACUAAAGCAUCCGCCAACUCCUGGACAGUCUGUGGUGCAACGUGGCGUUGGUGGAUGGAGCGAGACAUGAUGUGCUCAAUUGGAUUCAGGUCUGGGGAACGGGCGGGCCAGUCCAUAGCAUCAAUGCCUUCCUCUUGCAGGAACUGCUGACACACUCCAGCCACAUGAGGUCUAGCAUUGUCUUGCAUUAGGAGGAACCCAGGGCCAACCGCACCAGCAUAUGGUCUCACAAGGGGUCUGAGGAUCUCAUCUCGGUACCUAAUGGCAGUCAGGCUACCUCUGGCGAGCACAUGGAGGGCUGUGCGGCCCCCCAAAGAAAUGCCACCCCACACCAUGACUGACCCACCGCCAAACCGGUCAUGCUGGAGGAUGUUGCAGGCAGCAGAACGUUCUCCACGGCGUCUCCAGACUCUGUCAUGUCUGUCAGGUGUGCUCAGUGUGAACCUGCUUUCAUCUGUGAAGAGCACAGGGCGCCAGUGGCGAAUUUGCCAAUCUUGGUGUUCUCUGGCAAAUGCCAAACGUCCUGCACGGUGUUGGGCUGUAAGCACAAACCCCACCUGUGGACGUCUGGCCCUCAUAUCACCCUCAUGGAGUCUGUUUCUGACCGUUUGAGCAGACACAUGCACAUUUGUGGCCUGCUGGAGGUCAUUUUGCAGGGCUCUGGCAGUGCUCCUCCUUGCACAAAGGCGGAGGUAGCAGUCCUGCUGCUGGGUUGUUGCCCUCCUACGGCCUCCUCCACGUCUCCUGAUGUACUGGCCUGUCUCCUGGUAGCGCCUCCAUGCUCUGGACACUACGCUGACAGACACAGCAAACCUUCUUGCCACAGCUCGCAUUGAUGUGCCAUCCUGGAUGAGCUGUACUACCUGAGCCACUUGUGUGGGUUGUAGACUCGGUCUCAUGCUACCACUAGAGUGAAAGCACCGCCAGCAUUCAAAAGUGACCAAAACAUCAGCCAGGAAGCAUAGGAACUGAGAAGUGGUCUGUGGUCUCCACCUGCAAAACCAGUCCUUUAUUGGGGGUGUCUUGCUAAUUGCCUAUAAUUUCCACCUGUUGUCUAUUCCAUUUGCACAACAGCAUGUGAAAUGUAUUGUCAAUCAGUGUUGCUUCCUAAGUGGACAGUUUGAUUUCACAGAAGUGUGAUUGACUUGGAGUUACAUUGUGUUGUUUAAGUCUUCCCUUUAUUUUUUUGAGCAGUGUACUUUAAAAUGACUAAAAUCAAAUCGAAACACUGUAGAAAUUAUAUUGGACCUACAUUCAAACAGUUUCUUGACUGUGUCCAGCUCGCUGACCGGAUGCGACCCCCGGGGCAACAUUGAAUUGACACCCCUUCACUAGGCUGUACAAGAAGCAUGCAGAGAUUAAGGACGUUGUGUUGAGUUAGUUCAACUGACAGAAGACAUCUGGACAAAUAUAGGCUUCUUGAAUCCUUUGCGAGAUGGACAAAUAAUCAAGUAUAUUUUUAUAUAUUCUAUUCUGUCACUAUGUUGUACAGUAAACAUACAGAGUGAUGUGUAGUUAGGUUUAGUGUUAUGAGAGAAUCAUGACUGUUAUACAGUGGGGAAGAAAAGUAUUUAGUCAGCCACCAAUUGUGCAAGUUCUCCCACUUAAAAAGAUGAGAGAGGCCUGUAAUUUUCAUCAUAGGUACACGUCAACUAUGACAGACAAAAUGAGAAAAUCUUUUCCAGAAAAUCACAUUGUAGGAUUUUUUAUGAAUUUAUUUGCAAAUUAUGGUGGAAAAUAAGUAUUUGGUCAAUAACAAAAGUUUCUCAAUACUUUGUUAUAUACCCUUUGUUGGCAAUGACACAGGUCAAACGUUUUCUGUAAGUCUUCACAAGGUUUUCACACACUGUUGCUGGUAUUUUGUCCCAUUCCUCCAUGCAGAUCUCCUCUAGAGCAGUGAUGUUUUGGGGCUGUCGCUGGGCAACACAGACUUUCAACUCCCUCCAAAUAUUUUCUAUGGGGUUGAGAUCUGGAGACUGGCUAGGCCACUCCAGGACCUUGAAAUGCUUCUUACGAAGCCACUCCUUCGUUGCCCGGGCGGUGUGUUUGGGAUCAUUGUCAUGCUGAAAGACCCAGCCACGUUUCAUCUUCAAUGCCCUUGCUGAUGGAAGGAGGUUUUCACUCAAAAUCUCACGAUACAUGGCCCCAUUCAUUCUUUCCUUUACACGGAUCAGUCGUCCUGGUCCCUUUGCAGAAAAACAGCCCCAAAGCAUGAUGUUUCCACCCCCAUGCUUCACAGUAGGUAUGGUGUUCUUUGGAUGCAACUCAGCAUUCUUUGUCCUCCAAACACGACGAGUUGAGUUUUUACCAAAAAGUUAUAUUUUGGUUUCAUCUGACCAUAUGACAUUCUCCCAAUCCUCUUCUGGAUCAUCCAAAUGCACUCUAGCAAACAGACGGGCCUGGACAUGUACUGGCUUAAGCAGGGGGACACGUCUGGCACUGCAGGAUUUGAGUCCCUGGCGGCGUAGUGUGUUACUGAUGGUAGGCUUUGUUACUUUGGUCCCAGCUCUCUGCAGGUCAUUCACUAGGUCCCCCCGUGUGGUUCUGGGAUUUUCUUGUGAUCAUUUUGACCCCACGGGGUGAGAUCUUGCGUGGAGCCCCAGAUCGAGGGAGAUUAUCAGUGGUCUUGUAUGUCUUCCAUUUCCUAAUAAUUGCUCCCACAGUUGAUUUCUUCAAACCAAGCUGCUUACCUAUUGCAGAUUCAGUCUUCCCAGCCUGGUGCAGGUCUACAAUUUUGUUUCUGGUGUCCUUUGACAGCUCUUUGGUCUUGGCCAUAGUGGAGUUUGGAGUGUGACUGUUUGAGGUUGUGGACAGGUGUCUUUUAUACUGAUAACAAGUUCAAACAGGUGCCAUUAAUACAGGUAACGAGUGGAGGACAGAGGAGUCUCUUAAAGAAGAAGUUACAGGUCUGUGAGAGCCAGAAAUCUUGCUUGUUUGUAGGUGACCAAAUACUUAUUUUCCACCAUAAUUUGCAAAUAAAUUCAUUAAAAAUCCUACAAUGUGAUUUUCUGGAUUUUUUUUCUCAAUUUGUCUGUCAUAGUUGACGUGUACCUAUGAUGAAAAUUACAGGCCUCUCUCAUCUUUUUAAGUGGGAGAACUUGCACAAUUGGUGGCUGACUAAAUACUUUUUUUCCCCACUGUAUGAGACUGAUCCAGUGUUCUCCAAAUCCAGUUGAAGACCCUGAUUGGUUGAAUAUUUGAAUCAGAUGUGUGUGAAUCAGGGCUGGAUCAAAAGCCCCUGUACACACCCAGUAGCACUCCAGGACUGGAGUUGGCGAACACUGGAUUAAUUCAACCUUAGCUUACUCUGCCCACUUACACUCUGUACUGUUCCCUCCCCCUCAUUCAGAAUGUGAACGGGAUCAAGUACCACGCCAAGAACGGCCACCGGACACAGAUCCGCGUCCGCAAGCCCUUCAAGUGCCGCUGUGGGAAGAGCUACAAGACGCCCCAGGGCCUGAGGCACCACACCGUCAACUUCCACCCGCCCGUCUUUGCCCACAUCCGCAAGAUUCAGCAGUAGCACCCCCCCACCCCAUUUUCUUCAUAUCUUUGUACUUUUUCACAUUUGAGC